AUGGCUACCAAUAGAGUAUCAUCGACAAUGAAUGGUUCGUUUCAGGAUAAUCAAUACCAAUCGACCGGCCAAUUAUCUAGAGAUGAUGGAACCACUGCUCGAAAUUCGUGGAACGAUGAAUAUAACCAUGAUGAAGCACGACGGAACGGACAGCAGCAACCGGUAAAUAAUAGAAAAAGCAACGAUAAUACCAAUCGCAAUCGUGACGGGACAAAUGAUAAUAUUAAUUCCAGCGGCAAUCACUAUAACAACAACAACAAUAAUACUCCAGCUCAACCCGAUGAAGAUGAUGCAGCUGUACAUCCGCCGUGGUUUCGUCGUGUAGCGGAGAAAUAUGGUACUUUGGAACUGGACAAUAAGGGCAGUGUUGCACGAGAUCACCUUGCAUUAGAACGCACAUUCCUCGCCUGGCUCCGAACAUCACUCGCAUUCGCCUCCAUCGGCAUCGCAAUAACACAACUAUUCCGUCUCAACAGCUCCGUAUCCUGCGGCCCAUCACAAGCAACCGGCUCGAAUAUCGAUGACACCGACAAUUUAUUCAGAGACCAAUUACAAUUACGAUCAUCGCCCUCUCUCCUCGAAGUCCUCCUCGCUCCUCCUACACCAUCACAAUCAUUCGACACAACAGGCAUCGUUGCAAUAACGGGCACACGCGGCCAAUAUCGAAACAUCGGCAAACCUCUCGGCGCAACAUUCAUCGGCAUCGCAAUCCUGAUUCUGGUUAUUGGAUACCGUCGUUACUUCGAGUCACAAUACUGGAUUGUGCGCGGAAAGUUCCCGGCUAGUAGAGGGAGUGUUGCGUUAGUAGCGUUUGUAGCGGCUGGGUUAGUGAUUGCGAGUUUUGUGGUUAUUCUGGUCAUUGCGCCGAAUACGAUUGAGUUGUAG